AUGCCAUGCAGAAACAAAAAUGUUCUACUUCUUCCACUUGGAUGAUAAGGAGCGUUUUAAUUUGCGAAGGAACCCCCUACGUUGUGCCGACUUUACGCAUAUUUCCACUGUGCUGCAAAGUACAUCAGUUUGCCGCUCCUUUAUUCAACAUUUUACCUGACCCUGCAAGGUGAAAUGUGAAGAGAAAUAACGUUUCCCCGCGUUGCGGUUGAAAAGAGGAUAAGUUUUCCCUUUUUUUGAAAAGGCUAAGAGUAGAUUUGCUGGCUUGCAACAGGCCAAUUUUGUUAACUGGCAGACCGUUUGUAUAAUUCGCAGAAGGAGAGUACUCCAGGGAGACAACUAAGACGAGUGGAUCGAUCCAGCUGGUACGUGGAAACCUCGGAACGAAUUUUUCAGAUCAAAAUGAACGAUGACGUGUCGAAUUUGCUCUACGAAGGGAUUAACCUGAUUUUUGAGAAGUGGACUGUUCUCCGUUUGGCCGUGACGAACAACUGGGGAGGGCCAAGUUCGGAAGAGAAAAAAAAGAAACUAAUCGAAUAUGUUCACAGCUACGUGUUGUCGGCUAGCAGCCCAAAGCACAAGCUGUGCGACUACUUGAGGGACGAAAUGAACACCCUGUUCAACGUAGACAUUGAGGAUGACAGUGAUAUCGAAGUCUCCGAUUUGAUAUUGGACCUGUACAGCAGUCUGAAAAAUAACAACCCAGACAUUAUAGAAAAAAUAAAACAGAUAAAGGAGUCGGACUUGACGCACUGCAAGGAAAACAACUUAGUAGAGGAAGCCUACGAUUCCGAGGAGGGCGAAUCGGGAAGCGAUUUUUCGGAGGAAGAGCAGUCAGGAAGUGACUACUCGGCUGAGGACCAUUCUGAUGGAGAAAUACCAAACGGUGAAUAA